UGUUCUAGUGAUUUUGGUGCUCGCAAACGCGAGAGAGAGAGAGAUCAUCUUGCGCUAGUGGAGUGCCGGCGCGACAAGAUGGAGAAGGGCAAGGGUUUGGCUCGGCGAUGGGCGGUGGAAUUCGCUGAAAGCUCCGCGUUAUCUUCCUCUUCAUCCUCUGCCAUCCCAGAUCCCCUUGGUUACAACAUAUCGCUUCAUGAUCUGGAUGAUUCGACUGUGGCCCGGCAGAAGAAGGACGCCGAGGCUGCAUGGAAAUCCCAGAAAGCCUGGGAGGUGGCUCAAGCUCCUUUUAAGAACCUAAUGAUGAUGGGCUUCAUGAUGUGGAUGGCUGGAAGCACGGUUCAUUUGUUUAGUAUCGGAAUCACAUUCUCUGCUCUUUGGCAGCCAAUAAGUGCACUUCAAGGUGUUGGAAAAGUUUUUGAACCUUAUAAAGACUCAAGAGUAGAUACCAUUACCCCCAAGUUACUCUUUAUUGCACUCAAUCUAGCUGGGCUGGGUUUGGGCGUAUGGAAACUGAACACACUAGGCCUUCUGCCCACUCAUCCUUCGGAUUGGGUUUCAUCUCUAGCUCCAGCUCCGGAGGUUGAAUAUUCUGGUGGUGGCCUUCUGAUCAAUUGAAGUCCCUUUCCCUUUCCUUGUCUAAAUUUUAUUUCCUUUUGGUGGAUUGGAUUAAUCAAAAUGAAAAGAGGCUGAAAUUUGUUUGCUAAUAUAUGCUACAGGUUGUUGUUGGCAAAUUGCAUCUACUUCAUUUAUUUCCAUCUUUAAAUUGUAAUUUCUUACCUGACCAGUCAGAUUUUUGUUAUAUUUAGAUACCAGAUUAUCCAA